AUGCGUGUCCAGGUGAGGAGGAGGUGUGACGUGAAGGUGGGAUGCCGCCGCUAUGACGCAGCCGAGGCCCGCGGUGACGGCGUCGUUUCACCCGGGGAGGCGAGCGGCAGCGGGACGGGGGAACGGCGGGGUAGCCAAGCAACGCCGGACGCGCUGACGUCGCCGGGGCGGCAAAACGUCCGCCCGGGCCCGAGGCGGGCGGAGGCAGCUGUGGUUACGUGCGGGGGGCCAGUGACGCAGUCGCGGGGCGCUGGGACGCGGCGUGCGGAGCCGGCCGGCGGGGGCAGGCCCCAGGGCCCGGGCGCGGCAGCGGGACAGCACCUACCUUCCCGGCUUCAGGUCCGGGAGUGCGGGGCGCGGAGCCGCCGGAGCGCUGCCUCCCUCCUUCCUCCUCCCCCCGCCCCCGCCCCGCAGCACGACACACAAUACUCGCCGGAAGCGGAAGCCGUGCCGAGAGGCUCGUGUCAGUGGAAGCCCUGGAGUCGGCUCUCGGCCCCUGGAAAGCCUAGCGGUGCCUGCGGGAGAAGGAGAAGGGCGGGGCGGGGGGCGCAGAGAUCUGUCUCACAGGCGGGCGAUCCUGUGGCGAUCACUGCGGAUCUCCUUACUUCCGUGCUGAAGCGGCGAUCCUCGUCGUGCGGCCGUCUUUCCAAGAGCGACGUUCACCCGGUUCUUGCCUGUGCUCCAAGCCCCACAGUUGGGCGCCAAUAUGCCCGGCCCGUGGGGUCAUUCAACGGGAACCUGGAGGAGGGAAUGGGUGAAUGGAUGGGACAAGAGACACAAAGAAUGAGAGCAAGACAGGAGCUCUGAUCAAG